UUUCUCCUCUCUGGUCCCAUGCACGCUUCGUUUCUUAUGCCGUGCUACAUUUUAGCCUAAAUAUACAUACACCUCUUUAUCCACGUGUAUGUGUAUUCACAGCUAAUACUUGCUGUUUAACUACUCUGAAACUAGGUCAGCAGCGCUGUGAACAUGGCGGGAGUUAUCCGGAGGCUCGACGAGACUGUUGUCAACCGGAUAGCUGCGGGAGAAGUUAUCCAGCGUCCUGCCAAUGCCGUCAAAGAAAUGAUUGAAAACUGUUUAGAUGCCAAGUCCACCAACAUCCAGGUGACAGUGAAAGACGGCGGACUGAAGCUCCUUCAGAUUCAGGACAACGGCACUGGCAUCAGGAAAGAAGAUAUGGAAAUUGUUUGUGAGCGUUUUACCACCAGCAAACUCCAGACUUUUGAGGACCUCUCAGCCAUUGCAACCUAUGGAUUUAGAGGAGAGGCCCUUGCUAGUGUAAGCCACGUUGCACAUGUGACCAUAACGACCAAGACAGCUGAUGCUAAAUGCGCCUACAGAGCCAGCUACAGCGAUAGCAAGCUGAAAGGUCCCCCUAAACCAUGUGCUGGCAACCAGGGAACACAGAUUCUUGUGGAGGACCUCUUCUAUAAUGUGUCCACCAGGAGGAAAGCUUUAAAGAGCCCCAGUGACGAGUACUCCAGGAUUGUAGAAGUGGUCAGCAGGUACGCCAUACACAAUUCAGGAAAAAGUUUCUCUGUCAAAAAGCAAGGAGAGACUGUGGCAGACGUGAGGACUCUACCCAACGCGAGUGUAGUGGAUAACAUUCGAGCAGUGUUUGGCAAUGCAGUCAGCAGGGAGCUGAUCGAAGUUGGCUGUGAGGAUCAGAAGCUUGCUUAUAAGAUGAAAGGCUACAUUUCAAAUGCAAACUACUCAGUCAAGAAAUGCAUCCUGGUCCUCUUCAUCAACCAUCGUCUGGUGGAGUCGAGCGCUUUGAAGAAAGCGAUCGAGACAGUUUACGCUGCAUACCUUCCCAAGAACACACACCCUUUUCUUUACCUCAGCUUAGAGAUCGCCUCGCAGAAUGUAGACGUGAACGUUCACCCCACAAAACAUGAGGUGCAUUUCUUGCAUGAAGACAGUGUCAUCGAGAGUGUUCAGAAGCACAUCGAGAGCAAACUGCUGGGCUCCAACUCCUCACGCACGUAUUUCACCCAAACGUUGCUGCCAGGGCUCUCAGUCUCAGGUGGCACUGAGGUCAAGUCCUCCAGCGCCACGGCAGAUUCUACUGAGAGAGUCUACGCACAUCAGAUGGUGAGGACCGACUGUCGCACUCAGAAGCUGGACGCCUUCCUCCAGCCGAAAGAGAAGCCGCCGCCUGACCCCGAACCAGCUGGUCCCAGCAGGAAAGAGGCUGAGACCAAAACCGCCCAACCCGACAGCGUAGAGAUGGUUGAGACUGAUGAUGCUGAUAUGCUGGAGGCCUUGGCUCAGCAGGAGGCAGAGAUGCCAGAAGGCGAGGAAGAAAAUGGCAUCAGUGCUUUUGAUGUUCCAAGGAAGCGUUCGAGGAAAGAACAGCAGGAGGAAAAAGAAGAAGAGGAGGACCUGACGGCUGCAGACGUGCCCAAGAGACGAUUCAUAAAACUGACCAGCAUCAAAGAGCUGAGAGCUGAGAUCACUGAGAAUUCACACAAAGGUCUUCAAGAAAUGCUGCAGAACCACUCGUUUGUUGGCUGCGUCAAUCCCCAGUGGACUCUGAUUCAACAUCACACCAAACUGUAUCUGCUCAACACCACCAAACUCAGGUCAGAGUCAGGACACACAUGGCUCAUUUCCUGUGUUUUUAGCCUGCUGCUUUAUGUCUCAUUUCCUUCUUUUGGUUCCAGCCAGGAGCUUUUUUACCAAAUACUGACUUACGACUUUGGGAACUUCGGUGUACUGAGGCUAUCUACUCCAGCUCCGCUCUAUGAUCUGGCCAUGUUGGCUCUGGAAUGCGAGGAGAGUGGCUGGACAGAAGAGGACGGACCCAAAGAAGGCCUGGCUCAGUACAUAGUGGACUUCUUGAAGAAGAAAGCCGAGAUGCUAGAGGACUACUUCUCCAUGGAGAUAGACCAGGAAGGAAACUUAACAGGACUGCCACUGCUGCUCGACAAGUACACUCCUAUCAUGGAAGGUCUCCCCAUGUUCAUCCUGCGCCUGGCCACUGAGGUGAACUGGGACAACGAGAAGGAGUGCUUCAGAGACUUCAGUAAGGAGUGCAGCAUGUUCUACUCCAUCAGGAAGCAGUACAUCCUGGAGGCUGAGCCGGGAGAGGAGCAGGGUGGUGAGUCGAACUCGUGGCGUUGGAAAGUGGAGCACAUCAUCUUCAAAGCCUUCCGAACCCUCUUCAGUCCUCCCAAGAACUUCAGUGAGGACGGCACAGUGCUGCAGAUCGCCAACUUGCCUGAUCUCUAUAAAGUGUUUGAGAGGUGCUGAAUCUGAUGAUCAAAUGUGACUUAAAAAAAAAAAUCAACCCUACAUGCUGCUCUUUGUAUACUUGAUGUAACAGUUGUGCUGUAAAUAAAUUCUUCGUAUGAAACAAAA